ACUUUGCUGUAUAAAGACCCGAUUUUACAAUGAAUGAGCAAGGAAUAUUUUGGCUAACUAUGUGUUAGAGGAGGUACUCUCCUUCGAAGAGAGAAAUUGCUACUAUUCCCGUAUCAAUUGGUGCUUUCAUUAAGUCCUUUUCACCAUGCUUUCAUCCUUGAUCUCACCCUCCAUUACUCCUACCUUCAUCAACGACGCUCACCAGGAAUUAGUUCAAUCUAUUUUUGCGGAGAUGAAAUCUAGUUUUGCAGCAAUGAACACCACAUGCGAGAACGUGAUACACAUGCUCAAGAACUUGAUCCAUGAACGUAAAGAACAAGCUGCUAUCAAAAUUCAGAAGGCAUUUCUCAAGUAUUCGUUGAAGCUAACCAUUCACCAAUCUGAAUCGAUCGACCAGAACGAGUUGCCUCAGACAGAGGUGGAACACCCGAUUGCUAAGUCGUUGAACAAUCGAGAGAUGUUUCAUGAAUUUGCGGAUGGAUCUCCUUUGGAUCAAGUUGCUUGUGUUAAUGUCGGUGCAUAUCCAGAGAUCGAAGCCUCACUGAUACUCUAUGCGUCAGCGCUGUCUUCAUUAUCCUCUCCAGUCAUUAACGAUGUCAUCAAGAAGCCCGUAUUUGGAGGAGCUAUUCCUCUACCAGAAACAAUGACGUUUCGUACCUCAGCCACUUAAUUGCUCCUGCUUUACUCCUUUUCAAGCAUGGCCAAGAUGGUGUUGUACUUCAUGCUGUCUCGAUGGGUUUAAAAAUGGCCAUUGUCAAGGCAGGUGUGAUGGGAGGAUCAUAUGCAAAUACCCAUAUUAAAUUGCCUUACUCUCUGCAAGCUUUGGGAAUAGAUAUAAUUAUUUGUUUUGGAAUUAGGUUGGGACAUAAAAGGGUGCAAGUUGGCUCUUCAAAUAGCAUAGUAUCUGCAAAGGAUAAUUUUAAUGUCAUUAUAUUGUUCCUUGGAUUUAUUUUCCCUGUUGGUCGUAUAAUGUUUCCAGAUGGAGCAGGGCAAUAUAUUAAAAAACUUAGUCAAUACAUUUCAAUAAAUGGAGGUAUUAUGAGGACUGCUCUUGACAUGGGUUGCGGGGUUGCUAGUUUUGGAGGAUAUUUUCCAUCUCAAAAUAUUUUAACAAUAUAUUUUGCUCCAAGAGAUUCACAUAAAUCACAUAUACAAUUUUCUUUGGAAGGAGGAAUAUCAGAUUUAGUUGCUUGGUUGGCACUCGUAGACUUCUGUUCCCUGCAUUUGGAUUUGGCUUAGCUCAUUGUUCUUGGUGUUUGAUCCCUUUUCCAGCCUAUAUUGCAACUUAUUUCCUUGAAGUGGGUAGAUUACUUCUCCCUGGUGGAUAUUUAGUCAUCUCUGGCCUUCCUGUUCAGUGGCCUAAACAAGAUAAAGAAUGGUCCGAUCUCCAGGCUGUGGAAAGAGCCUUGUUUUAUGAACUGUUUGUUGUAGAUGGUAAUACUGUGAUUUGGAAGAAUGGGAUGAUUCCCAAGUAGCCAGAGAGGACAAGAGUUUGUAAUGGCAUUGAGAUCAUAAUUAAUCCUUCUCUUAUGUUUCUUGAUGAAACAACUUCUGGUUUGGAUUCUACAACAGCCCUGAGGAAAGUUCAGAUGCUACAU